CUUCUUCUUCAGUGCAAAACCCUGUAUCCCUUUUCUCCAAAAUCUCCAUGGAAAUUCUCCAUUUUCAUUUCUGAAAGUUGUAAAUUCGAUUUCUCGUUGGCAAUAAACUUGAUUUGCAUCAAAUUUGGGUUAGAAAAUUUGAGUUUUUUUUGUUCCGAUUCAGCAUCUCAACUUGCUUGUUGAAUUGAGAGAUUUUGGUGUUCUCUUUUAACAGGGUUUGGAUAUUGUUAAAGAAAUUAAUAGCAUAAUAAUACGGAGACUAAAUCUGCAUUUUGAUUAAUUGUUAUGGAGGAACAAUCAUUCUUUACCAACUUCCUUGUCAACCUUCGUUCCUCUUGCAAGUAUUACACAGGCUAUCCUAAGGAUCUUGGGCCAUCGAAAGUUAUUCACUUUACCUCGGAAAGGGAAUUUGUCCAACUUCUUCAUCAAGGCUACCCGGUAGUCGUUGCCUUUACGAUCAAGAGUAAUUACAGCAAACAUCUUGACAAAGUUUUUGAGGAGUCUGCAGCCGAGUUUUAUCCACAUGUAAAAUUUUUACGUGUCGAAUGCCCAAAGUACCCGGGAUUUUGCAUAACAAGACAAAAGAAGGAAUAUCCAUUUGUAGAGAUGUUUCAUAGUCCAGAACAGGCAGCUGCUCAGGGCAGGGUUGCUGAUCCUAAUAUUACCAAAUACUCUGUCAAAGUUUUACCUUUCAACUAUGAUCUAAGUGCUUAUGGAUUUCGUGAGUUCUUCAAACGACAUGGAGUCCGAUCAUCAGAUUCAAAUUAGAAGUUAAAGAGUAUCGAACAUGCAUGUUGAGUAAAAUGCUGUUCCUGAACGAUCAUUGAUGAACACAAGCAGAAAUGAAUGGCACGGGUGGUUCAUGUUUAUCGAUGAACACAGUGAAGAAACUGGCUCUUGUGCAUAUAUAGCUUUAAUAAUAGGCACCAGCAAACAGGUUUGGUUGGAGCACAUAAGUUUCUGGUCAACAAAUGACAAAACUGUUCUAAAUUUCUUUAACCCAUGCCAAAAUGAGCCUUAAUUAUAAAGUGUUACUAUCUGUAUCCUAAAUUAUUGGAAACUUUUAUAUUUUAUAAACUGUCAAAACCUUCUAAACAACCAAGCUU